AUGAUAACCCUAGCAGAAUGUGGACAACUGGAAGAGGAUGAUUUAGGGGAAGGGGAGUGGCAGGUGUGGUCAGCUGAUCACGGCCGGAUUGGGACCAUCGUCAGCAACACAUCUGCGUCGAGCUAUUCGCUUGAGGACGUCGCCAGUGCUGCAGGGUGGAUGAGAUUCUAUUCAGCUAUCACCUGUAGUUCGCAAGGACCAUUAAUCAGACGCGACAAAACCCGCAGGUAUCUCAAAACCACGGAAGUCCACGACGAUGAGCUGUGUGUCCCUCGGUCUCAGUACAAGCCCUUGGUCAUAAGGAGCAGGGAUCUGACGUACCGGGACGCCCUCGACUACUGCACGGCCUUCGGGGGGAGGCUGCCUAGUAUCUCCGAUCCCGACGAUUUGACAACACUUGUGAGGGAACUGGCCUCCAGCAGCGUCCCAUUGCUUUCUGCGUGGUGUGCAUCGGAAUCUGAUAAAUGCACAGUCCUGAUGGCGUGGCAAAAUAAAGGUGUCGAGUGGUUUUCCGUCCCGUGUCAAGAAACAACGGUGUUCUUGGCAUGCCAGGUUCCAAAACAUCUCUCCUUCGAACUCCGCGUCGACGAUUACUCAGCCAUGAACAUGAAACUGUAUCUCGUCCCGGAAGACCUGAUACCGCGGUUCGUCUCGCUGUCCCGAAAGCAAGUCAUCGUGAACGAGGGUCCGCUUAGUCUGGUGGACGUCGAGAACAGGACGAUCGCUACGUCGUUUUACACAGGCAUCCAGCCGGUGGGGCGGGAGGAAUGGGAGUUUCCGUCGGGGUUCAGGAAAAAUAUGACGAUAACUGCUUGCUCGAAGGUAAGAUGACAUCGAACUGAUUGCUUUCCCGAUGUUUUUUUUUUUUUUUGCUAUUAAUGUUAUGUUGUUAU